CUCUGUUUAUCAGUUUCAGUCAUAUUCCCCAUAUAUUCCCUAUUAUCCGUCCAUCAGGAGAAUGGACAUGAACCAUCAUUGAUGACUAAGAUAAGACUUUCUCCAGCAGAACCACAUGCGACUAUGUGGGAGGUAUUAAAAUACGUUUAUGCAUACUUUACUAUUCUGACAUACAUACAUGCUCUUCUAUGUUCAGUGUUUCUUAGCGUUGUGUGCUAUAUGUUGAAGAGAGAGUUUGAGGAUAUAUGUGAGAAACUGCAAACUUUGUCUGCAGAUGAGGACGGAAGUUGGAAGGAUGGUGAGGUGGAGAGACUACGCCGGCAGCAUGACAAGGUGUGCCAGGCUACAUGGACGGCAGAUCGUGUCAUCUCAUAUCUUGUGUUUGGAAUAUACUUGGGGUCAAUGCUUCUGGUUUGUUUCUGUAUAUCCUGCUUUACUCAGGGGUAUUUUCCAAGUGAAGGGAUUCCUACUCUCAUCGCUGUCUCAGUCUCAACAUUCGGACAGGCUGUAAUCACGUCCGUGUUUGGAGUUAUGCUUAAUCAUCAGGCUCACCGCCCACGGGAUAUUCUUCCAAGGAUCGGUGUGGCGAAACUCAGUCAAGAGGACUAUCGUAGCCUUUUAGUGUUCCUUGGCCAGGUGUCUGGGCGCAGGAUUGGCAUAACAGCCAUGGGGUUGUUUACAGUCAACAGGCCAGCGCUCAUCACAAUCAUAGGAACCAUCGUCGCCUAUGCUAUUGUCAUCCAGCAACUCGGCGUCAACAAAGUCGGGGACACAGGCUCCGUGUCAAACGUCACUGUUAGCUCCAACACUGUCCUGGACACUGUCAGCCAGGAAUGAUCCCGUUCUUAACACAGCGAUAUCCCUCGGGGACGUGAAUAGAACAUAACUCUACUGCAUCGCAUCAAGCAUUUUAAAACGCCUUUCUGUGUCUGAAAUAACAACCGUACAAUACAAAAACUGUCUGGUGUAAUGGCGCCAAUGUUUCCCUUAGCUCAGCGCACAGUUUGAAUCUACACACAUUCUCCUCAGGGACCUAUAUGUGUUCACUGUUUCAGUAGGAAACAAUACUCUGUGUACAGUGUUUUUACAAACAU